AUGCGAUGCGCGAGCAAGGCCGCCGAGAGCGCGUCUGCACGUCUCUGUGCGGACGCCGAAGCAGAAACUACAGCAACUGAUAUCCCAUCGGUUGCUGAAUCGACUCAGCCUGUAUCACCUGGUGAUGCAGGCGCUGGUCAUGAAGACACUCGUGUCUUCACAGAGUACGAGCUCGGUGUCUCGUACUCUCCUGAUACGGAUGACGGAUCCGUAUCGACGGCAAUUGAAUCCAAGCCGCCUGCCAAGCGUGGCAUGGACGAUGCUUUGCGUCGCAGCAUCUUUGGUUCAUCUGAUGAGUCAGAUGAACCAUCGCCGAAGCGAAGGCGCUCGAGGUCGCGAGACUCGGGCGCUAAUAGUGGUGUCGUUUCUCCAAUGGACACCACUUCACAGCGAGGUGCCAGUACUUCUGUCGGCACGUCGCAGGAAGAGCGGGACCGCAAUGUGUUGCGUCUCGCUCCAGAAAAGAAGGCAUGGAUGCCUCCUAAAUCUGUCAUGGAUCACUUGUCGGCGACGACGAGUGAUCGUUAUCGAACACGAUUGUUCGAUUCGUCAAGGAUCCAUCACCUUGACCCCAGCGCGAAAGACUAUCGCGCUGAACAUGAGAGUUCUUCAUCGAUGCUUUCUUCAGACAUCGAUGGUACAGUGGGAAUCACAAACGUGAUGGUCCCUCACUACUUCAGGCGUGGAACGCCUACAUCCAUAAUCUCGAGGAUGUAG